AGACGCACCCACGCGUUCCCAGAGCAACUGAAUGAAUCUGACGCGGUUUAAUGACGUCAUACGCGCGUCAACUACCUCCAUGUGAACUGUGUGGCUGCUGACAUGAACAACUUAUUUUUGUUGUUUAGUUUAUUUUCUUAUAUACGGGGCUGAUAUAAGGAUGUGAAGUACUUUCAAAAGGGUUCGUUCUUAGAUUAAUUAUAGAGAAGAACUCUUCUAUUAAAUAGUUUCUGCAGAGAGCAGCUAACAAGCUAACAUCAACAGCUAGUCCAUACAGCAACAUUAGCCAUCUCUGCUCUUCACACAUGGCUAGUGCUGGCGUCAACAGUGGAGCUUCAGCUCAGCAGGAGGAUGAUGCUGGAGAUCAGAGCAGUGAGAAGAUAAUGAGCAGUAAUGGAGGAGAAGCAGCAGCAGAAAACCAAAGCGUGUCCAAAAGGCAAAGGAAGAAGCUUCUGAAGCAGCAGAAAUGGGAAGAAGAGAGGGAGCUACGAAAGCAGAGACGAAAGGAGAGGAAGCAACAGCGUCGGCUGGAGAGACACAAUCAUCAUCAGGAGGACGAGGGAGGAGAGGCCCAGACUGUCAGGAAACGUCCACGCAGAGAGGUCAUACCCAGCUCACUGAGGCUGGUGGUGGACUGCAGUUUUGACAACUUAAUGCUGAUCAAGGAUAUCCGGAAGCUUCACAAACAGAUCCAGCGGUGCUAUGCUGAAAACAGACGAGCCUUGCAUCCAGCACAGUUUUAUCUGACGAGCCUGGGAGGACAGCUGAAACAGAGCAUGGAUGAAAAAGACAAAGGAUGGGUCAACUGGAAGGACAUCACCCUUAAAACAGAACACUACAGUGAAGUUGUGGCAAAGGACGAGCUGGUCUACCUGACAUCAGACUCUCCCAAUGUGCUAGAAGAGCUAGACGACAAAAAGGCCUACGUGAUAGGAGGCCUGGUGGAUCACAAUCACCAUAAGGGGAUCACCUUUGAGAGGGCGAAGGAGCUGGGAAUCAGUCAUGCUCAGCUUCCCCUCAGCAGUUUUGUCAAGAUGAACAGUCGGAAGGUUCUGGCAGUCAACCAUGUGUUUGAGAUCAUCCUGGCAUACCUGGAAAAGGGAAGCUGGAAGGAGGCGUUCUUCACCGUCCUGCCUCAGAGGAAAGGAGCAGUGGCUGUCGACCAGCACGGAACAACUAUUCAUGAAAACGAAGAGGAAAAUUCAGACUCCAACUCUGACCCCGACACACCUGACCACACUGAGAAAAGAGCCUAAAACCUGAAAACAGAAAGAUUCAGAUAUCUUACAGUUAUGGGUAAAUGUCUGGAUAUAUUGAUGCUGAGGCCAUCCUCGACAGGAAUAUUCCUGUUAAGAAAGCAUAUGUUUCUUAAAAAAUCAAAAA